UCAGGACAGAAGUUGAGUUUCCUCUGUAUACAAUGGAGACCCUGUUAUUUCUUGUUUCUCAACGGUGUGGUUUAAGGCAGCAAAAGCAAACAUAUGGAAGGAGAGCUGAAUCCUAUUCUAAGAGCACAGACCCUCAGGUAUCUACCAUGGUGUUGGAUCCUGAAGAAAAGAUGCCAGACGAUGGCGCUUCUGGGGACCAUGGAGACUCUGCCAGCCUUGGCGCCAUCAACCCUGCCUACAGCAACUCUUCCCUCCCGCAUUCCACCGGGGAUUCCGAUGAACCCUUCACCACCUACUUUGAUGAGAAAAUCCCCAUUCCUGAGGAGGAGUACUCUUGUUUUAGCUUUCGUAAACUCUGGGCGUUCACGGGGCCUGGCUUUCUUAUGAGCAUUGCUUACCUGGAUCCAGGAAACAUCGAGUCUGAUUUGCAGUCUGGUGCAGUGGCUGGAUUUAAGUUGCUCUGGGUGCUCCUGUUGGCCACCAUCGUGGGGCUGCUGCUCCAGCGCCUUGCAGCGAGACUUGGAGUGGUCACCGGCUUGCAUCUUGCUGAAGUAUGCCACCGUCAGUACCCCAAGGUCCCACGGAUCAUCCUGUGGCUGAUGGUGGAGUUGGCAAUCAUUGGUUCCGAUAUGCAGGAAGUCAUUGGCUCAGCCAUUGCCAUCAAUCUCCUGUCGGCAGGAAGGGUUCCCUUGUGGGGUGGAGUCCUCAUCACCAUCGCAGAUACUUUUGUAUUUCUUUUUUUGGACAAAUAUGGCCUGCGGAAGCUGGAAGCAUUUUUUGGCUUUCUCAUCACUAUCAUGGCCCUCACGUUUGGAUAUGAGUAUAUUACAGUGAGGCCCAGCCAAAGCCAAGUUCUCAGGGGCAUGUUCGUGCCGUCCUGUUCAGGCUGCAGCACCCCUCAGGUGGAGCAGGCGGUGGGCAUCGUGGGAGCCGUCAUCAUGCCGCACAACAUGUACCUGCAUUCUGCCUUGGUCAAGUCUAGGCAGGUGAACCGGGCCAAUAAGCAGGAAGUGCGAGAAGCCAAUAAGUACUUCUUCAUCGAGUCCUGCAUCGCCCUCUUUGUCUCCUUCAUCAUCAAUGUCUUCGUCGUCUCUGUCUUUGCUGAAGCAUUUUUUGAGAAAACCAACGAGCAGGUGGUUGAUGUCUGCAGGAAUAACAGCAGCCCCCAUGCGGGCCUCUUUCCCAAUGACAACUCUACUCUGGCUGUGGACAUCUACAAAGGGGGUGUUGUGCUUGGAUGUUACUUCGGGCCUGCAGCUCUCUACAUCUGGGCAGUGGGGAUCCUGGCUGCCGGUCAGAGCUCCACCAUGACUGGAACCUAUUCUGGCCAGUUUGUCAUGGAGGGAUUCCUGAACCUAAAAUGGUCGCGCUUUGCCCGAGUGAUUCUGACUCGGUCUAUAGCCAUCAUCCCCACCCUGCUUGUGGCUGUCUUCCAAGAUGUGGAGCAUCUGACAGGGAUGAAUGAUUUCCUGAACGUUCUGCAGAGCUUACAGCUCCCCUUUGCUCUCAUACCCAUCCUCACGUUGACAAGCCUGCGGCCAGUGAUGAACGAGUUCUCCAACGGAAUAGGCUGGAGGAUCGCGGGCGGCAUCUUGGUCCUAAUCGUCUGCUCCAUCAACAUGUACUUCGUAGUGGUCUAUGUCCAGGAGCUAGCGCACGUGGCACUGUACGUGGUGGCUGCGGUGAUUAGCGUGGCUUAUCUGACCUUUGUGUUCUACUUGGGUUGGCAGUGUUUGAUUGCAUUGGGCCUGUCUUUCCUGGACUGUGGACGCUCGUACCGCCUCGGACUGACCGCUCAGCCUGAACUCUACCUUCUGAACACCGUGGAUGCCGACUCAUUGGUGUCUAGAUGACUAACAGCCCAGGAGACUUUAAGAACACUUUUCUCUAAGCCCUUCUCUGCCAAGUGCCUGUUAGCAAACCCCUUAGUUGAGAGGUGAGCGCCUUCAGAUGUUCUGAAUGAGGUGAAGAUCCCCUCAUGGAGUCAGGGGUAAAAGCUAACAGCUGUGUAUGGGUCAGAGACCCCUCAGAGGUAAACAGUGAGCCUGUGACAGCUGUGCAGUCCCUCAGGCUUGUGUCUGCACUUCUGGGGUUUAAAAUGUAUGGAUAUGUAUUUAUGUGAACUCAAACGUGCCGGUUUGGGUAAGAUUUUAAGGUUAUAAAAUUUGAUAGAUUUUUACAAAUGUC